AUGGAAAAUUUGAAAAUAACAGAAGAAUAUAAAUUAUUUAAAGAAUCGAAAUCCAUUCACAAGUUAAAAAUAGAGAAAUUUAUUUCACUAUCUGAGCGAUCCGAGUCAAAUAUUGAAUGUUCAAUAUAUAUUUUGGAUAAUGGAAAUGAAAAACGGUUUAUUCACAAAUUUAACAAAGUCUUGAAAAAGUCUGAAGAAUAUUGCAUUCCAAAAUUCCUCGAAAUAAUUGAAUUAUUAGAAAACAAAGAUAACUUUUUACCUAACAAUGACUUAACAGUAGUUAUUGAGCUUACUGAAUUUUUUGAGACGGAACAAAAAAUGAUAGUUCCAAUAAAAACUCCAACGCACCAAUUGAUUAUUGAUAUGAAGGGUAUUUUUGAGAGUAAAGCAGGUAGCGAUGUAGUUCUGCUCGUUGGUGGCAAAAAAAUUCCUGAAAUCCAGUGUUUGCAGCCAUGUUCUCAAAUCAGCUAA